AUCGUUUAAAAGUCAGUCAAAUGUGUGUACAAAAUGAUAUUUAAAGAUUUCAUCAUCGUUGAUCUUGUUCGAUGCUGGACGUGAUGGAGAUACAGAUUCAAGUUAUACUUCGUCCAAAUGGAGAUGGAGGAACUUCCGGCGCUUUCAGAAUUAAACAAUAUAACUACAUACGCCAAUCAAACUUACUUCAACAUUAGUAACACGACAGGUACAAAUGACACAUUUAAUACUGGUGUUGAAAGAAGUUGGAUAUACUGGCUUCCCGGGCCUUUCAUAUGCGGGUUUGGAAUCGUCUGCAAUUUAUUAAAUUUGGCUGUUCUCUCCCAGAAGAGGCUGAGUGACUCGCCAUAUACAUAUCUAACAGCUCUUGCUACAUCCGAUCUUACUCUCCUUACAACAUCAUUUAUUCACCUCGUAUCGUCAGAAGCAGCCAAAACGUAUCUGAAAGCGUUUUAUGACGUGUAUAUUUUCUAUUCGUUUGGAAAUGUUUUCUUCAAUGCAAGCGUGUGGUUAGUUGUGGCACUGACAAUAGAACGAGUGUUAUUUGUUACGCAUCCGAUGACUUUUCGUCCUUCUAAAAAAGUUGCAAGAUUAAGCUGUUUUUUGAUAUUUCUACUUUGUUCAUUCAUAAACAUUCCACGAUUUUUUUGCUACAAAGUAAUAAAGUAUAAAGGACUGUACUAUCCGCACGGAACGGCAUUUAGAGAAUCCAUCCAAUUUUACCGAAUCAGUUGGGCCCAUGCCUUGAUUAUAACAUUCAUUCCUAUUUCAAUAUUGUUAAUUACUAACUUCAUCCUUAUCCAUGCAUUACGGAAAGCGGGAAAAGAACGCAUAGGGUUGCAUAGCAACAGAGACGAAGAGAUCCGGAAGGACCAAACAAGACUAACACGAACGCUUGUUGCUAUUGUUAUCGUCUUCAUUGUUUGUACAUUUCCAUCAGCGUUUGUUGAAGAUCCGAUUGCAUAUUCAUUAUUCGGCGGAGAUAGGACUUGGAUCGAUUACCUCAAGUCUCCAGCGAACCAGAUGUUUAUUUACAUUUCUAAUUUACUUGUCUUCCUCAACUCGUCUCUUAAUUUUGUGUUAUAUUGUUCACUCAACCGGAAGUUCAGACAAGCGACAAAAUCUUUAAUUAGUAAGCUGCAUCCAUACUGUCGUCAGUUAGGAAAUGAGAUUGUAAGCCAGUUCCCAAGUCACAGAACUCACUCGUCUACGAUGUACUCAUUACAACAUACGCACACAUCGCAAACAAAUUUAUAAAAUGGAGCAGCGGCUAGCGGUUGAGGUGUCUGUUACUCAGCACAGAGGUUUUGGAUUCGAGCAUAGUAUCUCCUCGCAUGCCAUUUCUACUGUCUCCUACUGAAAUAGACUCCUGAAAGAUUCAUAUAAGCAUUACAGCAAAGCAUUUAAAGAAACGGAUAAACAUCUGGCAGGAUUUUCGACAUUUUCUGAAUAUUGAAUUGCACUUCAUCAAGCCAGACAUUCGACUUCUAAUACUGUAUGCCACUCUCGAACUUUUUCAACAAUGUUGGUGACAGGGAAGAAAAAAACAUUAUAAUUUUAAUUUUCGAAUAAAUUGACAGUUUUUGAACAUAAUUCAUACAUGGCAUGUUCGAAUGUUACUUCCAUUCCAUAUUAGUUUUGUCUAGUAUAUGCUUAAGAGUAUAGUAUAAUUAAAGUAUUUUCUUUUCUUUGUUUGAAAAAGUAUAUGUAUGUAAAAAUUCUAAAUAAGGUUUCAGUGUAGAUCAUUGCCUACACAACACACUUUACAUACUGUGAUGAUUAUCAAGUAAAUAAUAAUGAUAAAAUGACUAUAAUUUAGA